AAACACCCCCUCAGGCCGCCUCUCUGAUGCUGCCUUUGACCAGCAUGCUCUUGUAGUGGUCAGGGGCUUACCCUCCCUGGCAGCUGAACAGGAUCCUCCAGGAUCCCUGGCUGCAGUUUCGGGGGCAGAGGCCAUGGGCCGCCUAACCUAGAGGCCCCUUGUCCAUGGUCCAUGGAUUCUGGAUAGCCACUGGCCCAGAUUCUUAGGAGCUGGGCCUGGCCUUAUCUCCGUGCUCAUCUUGAGGCAGCAGCAAACCAGCUUCCUAGGAAAGGAGGGGGUGCAGCUUUUUUUUAAGUUUUUAUCUAUAUAUACAUAUAGGAUACGCACAUAUAUAAAAACAACCAAAACAAAUGCAGUUGCUGCAUAGGGAUUCCCAGAACCGGUUUCCUCUUCGCGCGCGCCCCCUCAUUUGCAUGUAAACCCCGCCCCCACGGAAGAUCCGGGCGCGUAUUUGCAUAAGGGGGUACUUGAGACCUGGAGAGGGUGGUAUGCAAAUGAGGGCGGGCUCCGAUUGGCUGCGGUACAGCAGGUGCCGCGUCCGGAUUGAUCAAAGCCAAGUGGGCGGGGCCGUCGCUCCGAGCGACUCUCUCGGGAGGCGCGUGCCCCGGCUCAGUAGCGUUGGGGCUGGCGAGCGCGACGAAUCAGAGCACUGCGCCGUCUGUGGGCGCUUCUGGGCCACCGGCUUCUCCGCCUUCCACCCUGGCGCCCCCAAGUCCUGGCUCCCCAUCCUCGCUGCCCAGGGCGUCGACGCCCUGCGGGCUCAGCGGGCUCAAUCUGCGCAGCGCCUCCUCCAUGUUGAGCAAACCUCUUCAGGGGCUUGCGGUGGCCCCGGUGACCCCCACACCGCCGCCAGGAGGCAAGGAUCGGGAAGCGUUCGAGGCCGAGUACCGACUCGGCCCCCUGCUGGGAAAGGGGGGCUUUGGCACGGUCUUCGCAGGACAUCGCAUCACGGACCGGCUCCAGGUGGCCAUCAAAGUGAUCCCCCGGAAUCGCGUGCUGGGCUGGUCCACCCUGACAGAGUCGGUCACAUGCCCGCUGGAGGUGGCGCUGCUCUGGAAGGUGGGUGCAGACGGUGGGCACCCCGGUGUGAUCCGGCUGCUCGACUGGUUUGAGACCUCCGAGGGCUACAUGCUGGUCCUUGAGCGGCCUCUGCCGGCCCAGGAUCUCUUUGACUACAUCACUGAGCAGGGCCCGCUGGGCGAAGAGCGGAGCCGCUGCCUCUUCACCCAGGUGGUGUCGGCCGUGCGGCACUGCCACGCCCGGGGGGUCGUGCAUCGCGACAUCAAGGAUGAGAACAUCCUGAUAGACCUCCGCCGAGUGUCUAUCAAACUCAUUGAUUUUGGUUCCGGUGCCCUGCUUCAUGAUGAGCCCUACACUGACUUUGACGGGACAAGGGUGUACAGCCCCCCGGAGUGGAUCUCUCGCCACCAGUACCAUGCCCUCCCGGCCACCGUCUGGUCCCUGGGCAUUCUCCUCUAUGACAUGGUGUGCGGGGACAUUCCCUUCGAGAGGGACCAGGAGAUUUUGGAUGCUGAGCUCCACUUCCCGGACCAUGUGUCCCCAGACUGUUGUGGCCUAAUCCGCCGGUGCCUGGACCCCAAACCUUCUGCUCGACCCUCCUUGGAGGAGAUCCUGGUGGAUCCCUGGAUGCAGACCCCAGAGGAGGAUGCACCCCCUGACACCCCUAAAGGGGGUUCCGCCCCUUUGGCCUGGUCCCUGCUGCCCUAGUUGGGUUGUCCCCUGGCCACCGCCACGGGGAUUACACAUCCGUUGAUCUGGUUUUACAGGUCAUUACAAAUCCAGUGUUACUAGGGUCAGAGAUUGGGGACCAGGGGUCAGAAAACAAGCCAAGUCUGCCCAGUCCCCAUCCCAAUCCCGUUAAGGGGCCUCCCUCCCGGAAUCUGUGGUUGCUCAUUCUGGAGCGGGGGGCGCUUCUUAGCUUCUCAUCUUACUAAGUAACAGUUUGUUUGAAGUCAAUUCCAUUCUGAGCCCCUGGAAUCCGUGUUACAACCCUCACUCUGGCACCUCCUGCCUGCUACACCACACGAACUUAGUUGAAAUGCUCUAACUUGGGCAGGGUGCUUUCUGUUGGAAUACGCCAGCAGCUCUUACUUUUAGCCAAGGGACUGUGUUCUAGCUUAGGUUAAGGUUCCACGUUCAGUCAAGCUGCUUGCCUACCUCAGCCCAGGGUUGAUUAUUCUGGGGGAGGUAAUGCCCUAUUGUUACCCCAGGGCUUUUUUUUUUUUUUCCUCCUCCUCCUCCUUCUUCUUCUUUUUUUGGUGAAGGGACGCUACUCUGUUAUUCCAAGUGCUCUUAUUCUGGUGAGGAGAAAACCCUACUUCCAAGAUGUGGGAAGGAAGGGAGAUGGACACCACCAGAGUCCACUGGGAUGGGUUGGAUGGUUUCGGGGGAUAGGGUGGGGGAAAUAAGUCUUGUUUGUUCUCCUAGGGCCUCCCCCUCCACCUUUUUUUGGAUUCUUGCUGCCUCCUUCUGAGCCAGGAUUGUCCAGUUGCUGAAAUGUAAAUACUUAUGUAUUAGGAGGAAGGGAGCUCCAACUGUGUCAUCCUCUCCCUUCUCCACAUGCCUGGAUUAUUUAAAAAGCCAUGUGUGGACACCCACUAUUUAAUAAACGUACUAGAAUCACAAA